UAGACAUUGAUUAGAUUUCCAUUUUGGUAAAAAAUAAGAACGGUGGAAGUGAAAAAAUAAGCAUCGAUAUUUAAUAUUUAUUAAAAAAUCAAUACCGACGUCUAUAUCUCAACGGAAGAUAUUAAUAUAUUGGACAAAUUAAAAAUUAUUCAAAUCAUAAUGUAUUUAGUUCAGUCUACAGCAAAAUCAUAUCAUUUAUGAUAAAAUUUUCGAUGUAGAAUGUUAUCUUUAGACUCUAAAUUGAACCAAAAUAUACCGAAUUAAAACAUUGAUAUAUCGAUAAUUUUCGACAGGCUUAUCAAAAAAUUAAAAUUAGUUGAGUGAAUUUGUCGACCAGUGAUCGUUGUAUUUGAUUUUUGCAAAGUUUAUUGAAAAUCAAUCAAGGGGGCGGAUGGCUUUUUAUCCAUGAAGAUAGAAACAUAGUUUUAUACAUUAUGGCUAUGUCAAAAGGUUUUAAAGUGCUGGAGAAAUCGGCACCACCGAAUCCUUACAGUAUUAUUUUACAACAUAGAAAUAAAGAUACAGCCUUAUUAUUUGAGUCUCAGGCUGUUGUUUCUUUAUCGUCACAAGAAACUGAUACUCUUCGUAAACAAUAUCAUAAAAUAGCUGAUGCAUAUGGAUGUCUAGGAGUGCUGCAAUUAAAUUCUGGAGAGACAUGUAUGCUCUACCUUGUUCUUGUGACAGGCUGUAGUUCUGUUGGUAAAGUGGGUGAUACUGAGGUUUUUAAGAUAACCCAAUCUCAAUUUCUGCCUUUAUUUCACCAAACUCAAGGAGAUGAUAAGGUGGGAGAAGUUAGAAAACUCUUAAACUCUGGAACAUUUUAUUUCUCUUGGAAUUCAGGAAAAAACAAUGAUAACCUCUUUGACCUGACUGUGUGUGCUCAGAGGAAGGGUAAAGGAGCAACUUCUGAUAACAGAUUCUUUUGGAAUAGAACCUUAUUUAUUCAUUUAAUCAGGUACGGCAUAGAUUGUGAUGACUGGCUUACCCGUGCAAUGUGUGGUUCAGUGGAAAUACGUACUAUUUACGUUGGUCAUCGCUUAGCCAGGGCUGUAUUGAUAUCUCGACUAAGCUGUGAAAGAGCAGGGACAAGGUUUAAUGUAAGAGGAUGCAAUGAUGAUGGUAAUGUUGCCAAUUUUGUAGAAACAGAACAAGCUAUUUAUGUAGAUGACUCCGUUUCAUCUUACAUUCAAACAAGAGGAUCUGUUCCUUUAUUCUGGGAACAGCCAGGUAUUCAAGUUGGAUCACAUAAAGUUAAAAUGUCACGUGGAUAUGAUGCUUCUACAAGUGCUUGUGAAAGGCAUUUUUCUCAACUAAAACGAAAUUAUGGAUCUAUUUAUGUUGUCAACUUACUAGGUUCUAGUAUGAUAGGUGGCUCAGAAGGUGAAGCAACUCUCAGCAAUGCAUUUCAACGGCACCUUAAUGAAUCUGCACAUUGUGAUAUUGUACAGAUAAUAUUUGACUACCAUCAAGAGGUAAGAGCAUCAUCAAUAGAUUCAGCUUUAACUAAAUUUAAAAAAAUUGUGGAAAUGCACUAUGACAACAUCAGCAUAUUUAGUGCCAGGAAUGUUGAUAUUUACAAUGUUCAAAAAGGUGUAAUAAGAACUAAUUGUCUAGAUUGCUUGGACAGAACAAAUUCUAUCCAGACAUUCAUUGGUCUAGAAAUGCUUGCAAUACAACUGAUGUUGUUACAAUGUAUUGAUAAAAAGCAAAAUGUUAACAGAUUUGAAGAAGUGUUUAAACAAAUGUGGAUUAAUAAUGGAAAUGAGAUAUCAAAAAUCUAUGCAGGAACGGGAGCUAUUCAAGGAGGGUCAAAAUUGAUUGAUGGGGCAAGAUCAGCUGCUCGAACUAUUCAAAACAAUUUGCUUGAUAAUUCAAAACAAGAAGCAAUUGAUAUUUUGUUGCUAGGUUCUACAUUAAAUUCAGAACUGUCUGAUCGUACCCGAAUUUUAUUACCAUCAAAUAUUUUGCAUACAUCUACUCCAGUAUUACGAGAAAUGUGUCGUAGAGCAAAUGAGUUUACCCAGCCUACAAAUAUUCGUAUCACUAUAGGUACAUAUAAUGUCAAUGGUGGUAAACAUUUUAGAAGCCUAGCUUACAAAGAUGUCUCCCUGGCUGAUUGGUUGUUAGACAGCCCAAAUUCAUCUUUGGUAAAUACUGUCAAUUUGAAAGAUCAUCCUUCUGAUAUCUUUGCAAUAGGAUUUGAAGAAAUAGUUGACUUAAAUGCUAGCAAUAUAAUGGCUGCUAGUUCAGAUAAUGCUAAAGCAUGGAGUGAAGAAUUGGAAAAAGUAUUGUGUAGAGAUGCAUCAUACACCUUGCUUUCUAGUCAUCAGUUGGUAGGUGUCUGCCUAUUUGUUUUUGUCAGGAAAGAUUUAGUUCCUCAUAUCAGAGAUGUUGCAUUAGAUUCAGUGAAAACUGGAUUAGGUGGAGCUACUGGGAAUAAAGGUGCAGUAGCUAUACGUCUAGUUAUAUAUGGGACAUCAAUUUGCUUUGUUUGUGCUCAUUUUGCAGCUGGUCAAUCCCAAGUGAGUGAACGCAAUGCAGAUUACACAGAAAUUACAAGAAAAGUAGCAUUCCCAAUGGGACGAUCAUUGUAUUCACAUGACUUUGUCUUUUGGUGUGGUGAUUUUAAUUACCGAAUUGACCUAGAUAAAGAAGAAACACGAUUACUAGCCUCACAAAAUAAUAUCCAAAGGUUAUUAGAACAAGAUCAACUUCUACGCCAGAAAUCACAAGGAUUGGUUUUUAAAAACUGUUUUGAAGGUGACAUCACAUUCCUUCCAACUUAUAAAUAUGAUUUGUUUAGUGAUGACUUUGACACCAGUGAAAAAUGUCGAGCACCUGCCUGGACUGAUCGAGUUUUGUGGAGGAGUAAAAAAUACACUGUUGAUCCAGAAACAACAUCUGAAGCAGCUGCAGGAAAAUUACUACAUUAUGGCAGAGCUGAACUAAAACAAAGUGACCAUAGACCUGUCAUUGCUAUUUUAGAAAUAGAAGUUUUACAGGUUAGUAACACUAAGUGUAUGGAAGUUUUUUAUGAAGUUGUCAAAGAUCUGGGUCCUCCUGAUGCUUGUAUCAUUGUUCAACCAGUUGAUGAAAUUGAAGAUUCUGAAGAUUCUGUUUUUGAUGAUAAUUUAAUGUCAAUAAUAUUGCAAGAAUUAGCAACAUAUGGUGAAGUGACAUUAGUUCGUUUUGUAGAUGAGCACACUUUGAGCAUUACAUUUAGAGAUGGCCAGAAUGCUCUAGCGGCUGCUCAGAAAGGAACUAUUUCCUCUUCAACAAUACCUUUACAUGUAUCACUCAAAUCUCCAAAUUGGGUAGAUAUAGUAAAGUCUGAAGUGAGUCUCUGUACUAAUAACACAAUACCGUUAUUUGGUGACAUACCAGCUGAGCGACCACUUAGGUCUGCGCCACCGACACCACGACGUCAACAGCCAAGCCGGCCUCCUGCUCCAUCGCCUACUCCGUUGGUGCCUUCUCGAGCGCCAGCACCAAGUCCAGCAAGACCACCCCGCCCAGCCCCAAUUACGCCUGAAUCAGUUGUGUCUCAGGCGUCUGUAAGCUCUCCACCAGCAGAGAUGAUGCCGCCUCCAUCAUGUGCGCCGCCACCUCCACCACCGAGCAACACCCCUCCGCUUCCAGGCCCCCCACCGCCUGUGCCCGCGAGACAGGGAGCUCCUCCCCCUCUCCCGGCUCGUCCACGACCGGUUACAUAGAAAUCAUUAUGGUAAGGAAUCUCGACCUCAUCAAAUUUGCUUGUUUAUUACAUUAUGUUGCCCUCAGAGAAAAUUGGCUGUGAUUAUUUCAAUGCAUUUAAAUAUUAUUACUAAACAACAUCGAAAACAUUUUAGUGUUGCUUUUUAAUUUCUUAGUAAAAUUAGGAUGCUAUAUCUAAUUACUAUUAAUAGCUAUAUUUACUCACAGCUACUAAAAGUUGUUUAAAAAUGAACCAAAUAGCAGUAUUGAUGUUAAAAACAAUAAUUAAUUACACAUUGCUUAAAGGCUAUAAUUGUUUGGUCUUAGUAAUAUUUAUUAGUAGGUCAAUAUUAUGUUAAUGACUAUAGUUGGGUGUAUGUAAUAAUAAAUUGUUAGUAUUUAUUAAUAGACAUUUAGUAUAGAUAUUUGUGUUAUCUAGAUGCCUCUGCACCAUUGUUUCGUAAUAAAAUAAUGAAAAAAAAUAAAUAAUGGUACCUUUAGUUUAGAAAUUUUCCUGAUUAUUUUUAAUAUUUCAGAUAUACUGUUAAAUCUAUUAUUUGAUCUCUUUUUUAUAUUUGUUUUAUACAUAGGUACAUAUGUUUUAUACAUAUACACCUUUAUCAUUUUUAUUGAAUUCAAUAUCUAUGGCUCUCCAAUUCAUAAAAUUGUACUUAACUAUUAAAGUACUAGUAGUCCGGUCAAUCUAGACAUUAGAAGGUGCAUAAUAUCCCAACAACCUGAAAAAAAGUAUGAAUACACUUUUUAUAGAUAAUUUUAUGAUCUACAAUUUUUGCCUGGGUACUUUUAUGAUAAAACUACGUUGUUUAAAUCGCGAAAAACUCAUUUUUUUACCUUUGACCUUGAGUAAAAAAAAUUCCAUACACUGAUGGGGAACUUCACUAUUUUAUUUAUAAUUAUGUUUUGGACAGUUUUACUGAUUUUCAGCUUGUUGGGAUUUUAUGUACCUUCACUCUCAUUUUUGGUCUAGAUUGACCGGGCUACGGGUACUAUCUUCAACAUUAAGUUAUAUUUGAUAAUAAUUAAUUUUAUUUUUAAAUAAUAUAUUUGUGAUAAUUUACAUGAUGAACAAGUAAUUUUAGUUUAACCUUUUUUAAUUAGUUUUUUUUAUUUUUAAAUAAAUAAGUCUUGAGAUUAGUGUGUUAAGUUUAAUGUAUAAAAAUAUAUAUUCAAGUAUUUGAAAUGUUAAAAUAUUUCCUUCAACUAAAUUAUUAUUUAAUGAUGCUGCCUAGUACAUCAUUCAGAUUAUAAAUCGUUAAUUAUCUAUAAAAAAUAUGGGAAAGCUAUUUAUGGAUAUUGGUAAAUUAUAUUUAUAUUUUGUAAGGCAACCAUAGUCUCUUUCGUAUAAGAAGGUCUUAAGAGUCAUGCUAUUCUUUUAUUAACCCUACUCUUUAUAUAAAUAAAUCAUAGUUCGUGACGCCUUCUAAAAGGCUGGACCGAUUGUAACGAUAACUUUCACUAUUUUAAAAUAUAUGAAACUACAAGCGGACCCCACGUUGUCCUGUACACGCGUCUUAAAUGACAUAAAAAAAACAUCUAAUUGUAAAUCUACUUAAACACACACAAGAAAUUACGUUAUAUUAUAUUCCUCUGAUAUAUGUUUGGACCUUCUCUAAUGAAAGGCUGUAUAUAAAAAAAACAUUGUAAUGUGAAUAAUCACCUAUGAAUUGCCGUACAAUCAAGGCCAGUAGUAAAGUUCACUCGCAAAUUGUUUAAAAAAUGUAGAUGUAUCUUGCUAAUUAUUAUUAUGCAUACUGUAAUAAAAUAGAUGUUAAUUGAUGUGCAAUCUGUAGGUUGUUUUUAAGCGCUCGCUGGAGUUUACUCUUCUAAAGGCCGAUUUACAUUAUCUUAGUGUUUAGGAGAGUGCUUUAGUACAACUUGAAAGGCAAGUUCUUUAGCGUAGCGUUUACUAAAGCAAGUAGCGUUUACAUGUUUCAACUAAAGUACUAUCCUAAAGCACUCUCCUAAACACUAAGAUAAUGUAAAUCGGCCUUAACGCGUUGAUAUCCUUUAAUAACUAAUAGUGCCCAAAAUUCAAAUCCGUACACUGUUUGCGUACUUUGUAAUACAUACACUAUUACAAAUUAUCGAAUUCAAUAGAUUAAUUUCAGGCUACUACUAGGCCUACUAUUUGAAUUAUUUCGUUAUUUUUAAGAAACGUUUUAUUAAUUUGAUAUACAUACAUACGUUUUAACUAAUUUAAUUUGUUUUUGCAUUAUUAUUCGGACACGAUUAGAUAAAAAAGGAUAUUAGCAUUAUAUUUUUAUUAUUAAAGUAAACGCAAUUUGAAGUUUACCAUGUUUGUAUGACAUCUAGAACAGCGUAAGACUUCGAUUUCACCUAUGUAGCCAAUAAUAUUAUAAGCAAUCAAAUUACAAAAUAUACAUAUGUUACAGUCAGUGUGUUUAAUAAAUUGAUUCUUAUUGGAA